ACUCACCCUCCUCCCCUGGUCGCUUCUUCUUCCUCCUCAUUCCCUCACAUCCUCUCGUUUCCUCCGCCAGGCUCCAGACCGACUGCAGGAUGUCCAUAGUGAGCAUUGUUGCCAGGGAGAUCCUGGACUCCAGGGGUAACCCGACAGUGGAAGUAGAUCUUCAUACCAAUAAAGGCUUGUUUCGGGCGGCAGUGCCGAGCGGAGCCUCUACCGGCAUCUAUGAGGCUCUGGAACUGCGAGAUGGAGACAAAACUCGUUACAAGGGCAAAGGUGUCACCAAGGCGGUUGGUCACAUUAAUGACAGCAUCGCACCUGCCCUCAUCCAAUCAGGUGUCAGCGUGCUGGAGCAGGAACAGCUGGACAACUUGAUGAUCCAAAUGGACGGCACUGAAAACAAAUCUAAGUAUGGAGCCAACGCCAUACUUGGUGUGUCACUGGCCGUAUGCAAAGCAGGGGCAGCGGAGAAGGGCGUGCCGCUCUACCGUCACAUUGCAGACCUGGCGGGAAACAGAGAGCUCGUCCUUCCGGUUCCUGCUUUUAACGUGAUCAACGGCGGCUCCCAUGCUGGAAACAGACUGGCCAUGCAGGAGUUCAUGGUACUUCCUGUUGGGGCGGAGUCAUUCCGUGAGGCCCUGCGUGUAGGGGCGGAGCUCUACCAGACUCUGAGGUGUGUCAUCAAGGAGAAGUACGGCCAGGAUGCUACAAAUGUAGGCGACGAGGGAGGAUUCGCUCCGAACAUUCAGGAGAACAGUGAAGCUCUGGAGCUGAUCAAGACGGCCAUAGAGAAUGCGGGCUACACGGACAAAGUGGUGAUUGGGAUGGAUGUGGCUGCCUCGGAGUUCUUCAUUGAGGGGAAGUAUGACCUCGACUUCAAGUCUGCGCCUAACGCCGCACGCAACAUCAGCGGCGAUGAGCUGGCCAGCAUCUACCAAGGCUUCAUCAACAACUACCCAGUUGUGUCCAUUGAAGACCCCUUUGACCAAGAUGACUGGCCUGCUUGGACUCAGUUCACAUCCUCAGUGGGCAUCCAGGUGGUUGGGGACGAUCUAACGGUCACCAACCCACGUCGGAUACAACGAGCUGUGGAGGAAAAGGCCUGCAACUGUCUUCUCCUUAAAGUCAACCAGAUUGGUUCCAUCACAGAGGCCAUUAAGGCGUGUAAGCUGGCUCAGGAGAACGGCUGGGGAGUGAUGGUGAGCCACCGCUCAGGUGAGACAGAGGACACCUUUAUAGCCGACCUGGUGGUGGGACUCUGCACUGGACAAAUUAAAACUGGAGCUCCUUGUCGCUCGGAACGUUUGGCUAAAUACAAUCAGCUCAUGAGGAUUGAGGAAGAGUUGGGUGACCAGGCUCGCUUUGCUGGACACAACUUCCGUAACCCCAGUGCACUUUGAACUCCUGCAGUGACAACAAAAGAGGAAUAUAUAUAUAAUAGCAAUCAUUGUGUAAAAUGCAAAACAAAUGUUGUGUUGCUACUGACUUGUUGUUGUUGUUGUUUCCCUGCACUGAUCUCCCAUCUCUACUUUUUGUCAACUGUGGAUGACUUCUACUCUUGAUUGUGCUUUACCAACUUCUCAGACUUUCCUGUACUGUGAACACCAAGCAUCUUUAAACAUAAUUGUGUGUGUAUUUGUGGCAAAUAAAUAUUUAAACUCA